AUGGACGGUCCGGAUCAGAUUGGCCCAGAUCUUCGUCCAAAGCGGACAUGGGCCGAUCGUACUCGAAGAUUAGUGAAGACUUUCACCACUAGAGAAGGAUUAAUAGGAGACUACAACUACGCCUAUCUGUUCACACCUCAAAUACCGUUCAUAAGCAAGACCAGACGAUCGGCACCUUUUUUCGGUCUGGAAGAUAGAGUGCCGGUGUUACUGGCUUUCAUCCUUGGUCUGCAGCAUGCUUUGGCGAUGUUGGCUGGUGUUAUCGCUCCCCCAAUCCUCUUGGGUGGCUCGGGAGGUGCAAACUUCGCCAGUGACGAGUAUCAAUAUCUUGUCUCGACCUCCCUGAUCGUAUCCGGGCUGCUUUCGGCCAUCCAAAUGACUCGAUUUCAUAUCUACAAAACACGCUACUAUAUUGGAACGGGGCUCAUCUCGGUCGUGGGCACCUCAUUCGCCACAAUCACGGUCGCAACUGGCACCUUCAAUCAGAUGUACAAGUCUGGGUAUUGUCCGAUAGAUGGGCAGGGUAAUCGUCUGCCCUGCCCGAAGGGCUACGGAGCACUGCUAGGCACCUCAUGCUUGUGCUCGUUGUUGGAAAUCGGAUUAUCAUUCAUGAGUUCCAAAGUGCUCAAGCGUAUCUUCCCCCCACUGGUAACGGGCCCAACGGUCUUGCUGAUCGGAGCCAGUCUCAUCGAGAGUGGCAUGAAAGACUGGGCCGGUGGCUCUGGGAGCUGUGGUAUCGAUCCCUCCGCCCGAGCACUGUGUCCAAGUGCGGAUGCGCCGCACGCUCUUCCUUGGGGUAGUGCUGAGUUUAUCGGUCUUGGUUUUCUGGUCUUCUUGACCAUCAUUCUCUGCGAGCGUUUCGGAUCGCCCAUCAUGAAAUCAUGCGCGGUUGUCAUCGGUCUGCUGGUCGGAUGUAUAGUGGCAGCUGCAUGUGGUUACUUUGAUCGUUCUAGUAUCGAUGCCGCCCCGAUUGUAUCCUUCAUCUGGGUCAAAACGUUCCCCUUGGUUAUCUACCCGCCUCUCAUUCUCCCUCUACUGGCGGUCUACGUCGUUAUAAUGAUGGAAUCGAUCGGAGAUAUCACAGCCACAUGUGACGUCUCCCAGCUCGAAGUCGAGGGUGCCACCUUCGAUUCCCGUAUCCAGGGCGGUGUCUUAGGUAAUGGCUUCACCUGUCUUCUGGCAGGGCUUUGCACCAUCACGCCCAUGUCCGUGUUCGCGCAGAACAACGGCGUCAUCGCUCUUACCAAAUGCGCCAACCGAAAUGCAGGGUAUGUCUGCUGUUUCUUCCUGACCAUUAUGGGCAUUUUUGCCAAAUUCGCCGCGGCGCUUGUGGCCAUCCCCAGCUCUGUCUUGGGCGGCAUGACUACCUUCCUCUUCUCGUCGGUUGCCAUCUCAGGGAUCCGAAUCAUCUCCACGAUACCUUUCACCCGACGCAAUCGAUUCGUCCUGACAGCUUCGUUUGCAAUCGGUAUGGCUGCUACGCUGGUGCCCCAGUGGUUCCAGUACUUCUUCACGUAUAGCGGCGACAACCACGCCCUGCAGGGGCUUCUGGACGCCGUGGUCCUGGUCAUGACUAAUGGGUUUGCUGUGACUGCGGUUUUGGGGUUGAUUCUUAAUCUUCUGAUUCCCGAGGAUCCGACAGAGGACGCAGCCGUGGUAGAGUCUCCGGAUGAAGACAGUGAGGAGUCGAAGGGCGUUGCGGAGUCAUGUCUUAAAACGGAAUAA